AUGCCGAAUGAUAAUGCGAUUACGAGAUUGCUGUAUGCGAUACUCAGCCAGAACAGUCUGAGGGAUAUCAACUGGGACAAAGUCGCCAACGAACCCAUCCUCAACAACGAAAUCACCAACGGCCAUGCAGCACGCAUGCGCUACUCGCGCUUCAAGAAACAGAUGGACGCCUCAACGGGCAACUUACAGCCUCCAACACCUCGCAAACCUCGGAAGAAUCGAGUCGAGAAGACGAAGAGUGCCAAGAAAGACAAGAGGCCUCUUGGUGGGCCGAAGACGGAACGUGAUGACGAGAAGGAGAUCAAGAGUGAAGGAAAAGGCAAAGGCAAAGAGAGAGAGCAUAAGAGAGGUGUCAAAUCAGAAUAUGGUAUCCGAGAAGGAACGGGCGAAAGUCUCCUCUCAUCCUCAGCUUCCAUGUCCGGCUCCCUCAACCGCGAUACUCCCGAGCUCGAAGGCGGACUCAGCAUGAUGCCCUCCCCAGCCGUGUCACUCGCCCAACACGACCUCUCUUCAGCCUUACACCACAGUCACAGCAGUGGUCUGGGCAUGUCUUCCUUCCAGAACUUCUCCCAUGCUAGCUCGAGCAUGAGUUUCGCGGACGCGGUGCAGGUUAAACGGGAGAGGAAACCCAGUGCAAAGACUUUGAAUGGUGGACUCUUCACUCAAGCUCAGGCUCAGUCUCCUCAGCAGAUCUCCUCGGAACAGUUGCAAUUUAACUUGCAGAUGCAUAAUGGGACGUCGACGGUGUCGAAUAGUACGCAUCCUAGUACACCGAGGAUGUGUAUCGAGGAGCAUGAUCAGGCUUAUGAUCACCGCAACUCGCACUCGCAAUCUCAGUCUCAUACAUACUCACCGAAUCAGAACCCAGCUCGCGACCACAGCCCUCACUCUCACACCUGUCAUCCUCACCAUGGCCCCAACACACACGAUUCCUUCGGCCUCGCUUCUCUUGGUGGUGAUGAUGACCAAGAACUCGACGAAUUACUCCACAGUUUCGGGAUGCCUGGUUCAGAGUACGGUCAUGGUCAUGGACAUGGUCAUGAUAUGUAUAGUCCACUCAUGGCAGGAGGAGAGUUUGCAAUUGGGAUGGGUGUCGGGAUGGGUGUUGAUGCUUAUGAUGAUGGUUUUUGGGGUGCGGGCAUGGGUGAGGGGAGUGGGUGUUUGGAGGGUGAGAGUUCGAGGAUGGGAGGGGGAGGGGCGGUGGUGAAGAAGGAGGAGAGGUGGGAGGAGGCGUAUCGUCGUUGAGGGUUGGAUUAUUUCUCUUUUGUUCCGGAUGGAAAGACUGGAGAAGGGGAAGGGGGUCGUUUUGUUUUUGGUGGUUGGGUUGGGAGACGGGAAAUUUGCUCGGGAAAGUGCGUUGGCGUUCUGCGGUUUGGUUUCAACUUUGGUCUGGGAGUUGUUGAAUUGGGAACGUAGAAAAGGAGAUGAAAGGCAGAAUUGAGAUAUUUGUAGAUGAGCAGAUGCUUGAUGAUGCUUUGAACUCUGCACAGCGGACUAGUUCUUCUCACGUCAAGGCUACACUAUGUCAGCUUCUCGUUGUGUGCAAUGGUGCAAAGGAGGGGAGAUAACGAAGCCGAAAUUGAGAUUCCGCUGACGCUGUUUCUGCAAUGUAUGUGCUGGAGUCUGGAAUUGUAAGUCUAGUCCUUAACAGAGUCCUGGAAAAACAUGGUUCCUCUGAUCUUCCUAUCCAUUCACCCUGGCUCGUUCCAAA